AUGCCUUUUGCAUCAUUCAAAAAUGUUCAAAAACGACUCUCCAAAAUCCAUAAAGAACGUUCCCAACCUCAACGUAGACAUCAUCUUGGAAUACUACCGAAAAAACAGGAUUUCCGCUUAAGAGCCAAGGAUAAGGAAUCAAAAAGUGCUAAAAUAAAAGAGUUAAGAAGUAAAGCUUUAGAUAAAAACACAGAUGAAUUUUACUUCAAUAUGUGUAAUUCUCGUUUUGAUAUGGAAAAAGGGCAUAUUCCGUUAGAUGUAGAAAAAAGUUAUUUAGACUCUGAUAUUAAGUCAUCAUUUUAUAAAAACGUUACGCACCUACAAUAUGAAUUACAAAAAGAAAAGUCUAAGAUACAUCAACUUGAGUCGAAGACUCAUUUACUCCAAAGUGAAUCACAAAAUCCCUGUUCGAGGAAGACUCCCAAACAUAUUGUAUUUGCGGAAACCUAUGGUGAAAUGGUUGAACUACACCACAAAUAUGCGGAGAAAGUACAAGUGGAUGAAACUAUUUCUGGUGAAGUGUCUUCCAGUGACCCCUCUGUUGAAGACAUUUGUGCUCAGCGUUUUAAUGCUUACAAGGAAUUAUCUGAACAUCUAGAAAGAGCCAAACAGUUGAAAUAUCUUUUACGUCAGCACGAAGCUAAGAAAAGUCUUAUGGCAAAUUUAACCAAAAGAGCGUACAAAACCGUAUUCAAAGGAAGUAAGACGGCGCCUCCGGUUUAUGAAUUUGAACCUGUCCGGGAUCGAUGA